UAAGUGACGCAUGCGUGGAGGAUAUGCGCUUUGCAGCAAAGUCCUCCUUUACUCCACACACGCUUCUAAGCCUCGCUACUAACUACACUUUAUUCAUCCUCCGUGUCAGGAUAAACUCCACUCGUCUCACUCAACUUUGGACAUUAUUAGGCCCGCUUAGCUUGCUACUUGUUUUAGCGCGCUAGUUAGCUUUGCAUACUAGUUAGCUUAGCGCGCUAGUUAGCUAAGCAUGCUAGUUAGCUAAGCAUGCUAGUUAGCUUUGCUUGUUAGCUGCUAACAAAGAGACGCGGAUUUGAUCAACACAUCGCUUAGUUAAGAUCAAGUGUGAGUGUAAAAUGUUGUGAUUGUGUGAAAAUGUGUGAAAGAACGAUAGCAGAGUACAGAGAGGAACUUUCUCGGACAAAAGAAGAGAACAAGAGACUACGUCAACUACUGGACGCUGUUUUCAAGAAACCUCAAGUUGUGUUACACAGAACAGACGUCUGUGAAGAUUAUCUUCACCCUAAGCAACAGCAGUGGAGCUUCAGGAUGCGGACGGAGGAGCCACAGCCCUCCCACAUUAAGAAGGAAGAGGAAUACCCACUCACCCCCCAUUUUAAAAAGGAAGAUGAGGACCCGCUGACACCCCAUUUUAAAGAGGAAGAGGAGGACCCACUGACACCCCAUUUUAAAGAGGAAGCGAUAGAUCCACUGAGCCCUCACAUUAAGGAGGAAGAGGUGGAUCCACUGACGCCUCACCUUAAGGACAAAGAGGAGGACCCACUGACCCCUCACAUUAAGGAGGAAGAGGUGGAUCCACUGACCCCUCACAUUAAAGAGGAAGAGGUGGAUCCACUGACCCCUCACGUUAAGGAGGAAGAGGAGGACCCACUGAGCCCUCACAUUAAAGAGGAAGAGGAGGAACACAGCAUCAGUCAGCAUGUUGAAGGAGUGGAGGAGGUUGAUGUCACCAAGAUGCCAGUGACUGGUGUCCCUGUGAAGAGUGAAGGUGAUGAGGUCAAAGGUGAGAGUGAGGAGAAGAGAAGCAGCAGCUCAACACAACACAUGACAACAGAAGCUGAUGGAGACCACUGUGGAGGAUCACAAGCAGACAAGAUCUUAGCUCCACUAUCAGAUAGUGAGGACACAACGUCACACUCUCCUGACACUGAUGAUGAACACUCUAAACAUGAUAAGACAUGUCACACUGACAACACUCACUUCACAUGUUCUCUCUGUCACAAAACCUUUAAAAGCCAUUGGUAUCUGAAAAGACACAUGAGAACACACACUGGAGAAAAACCUUUUAUCUGUUCAAUCUGUGGUAAAGGUUUUUUAGAAAGUCACACAUUGAAAGUACACUUGAGAACACACACUGGUGAAAAACCUUUUUCCUGUGUAACCUGUGGUAAAGGUUUUACACAAAGUCACAAAUUGAAAGUACACAUGACAACACACACUGGUGAAACACCUUUUUCCUGUUUAACCUGUGGUAAAGGAUUUACACAAAGUCAAUGUUUGAAAGAACACAUGAGAACACACACAGGUGAAAAACCUUUUUCUUGUUCAAUCUGUGGCUUAUCUUUUUCAAGGAAGGAACAUUUGAAAGUACACAUGAGAGCACACACUGGUGAAACACCCUUUUCCUGUUUAACCUGUGGUAAAGGUUUUACACAAAGUCAAUAUUUGAAAGUACACAUGAGAAUACACACAGGUGAAAAACCUUUUUCCUGUUCAACCUGUGGUAAAGGUUUUACACAAAGUCAACAUUUGAAAGCACACAUGAGAACACACACUGGUGAAAAACCAUUUUCCUGUUCAAACUGUGGUAAAGGUUUUACACAAAGUAAAUAUUUGAAAGUACACAUGAGAACACACACUGGUGAAAAACCUUUUUCCUGUUCAACCUGUGGUAAAGGUUUUACAGACAGUCGAUAUUUGAAAGUACACAUGAGCAUACACACUGAAGAAAAGCCUUUUAUCUGUUCAUUCUGUGAUAAAGGUUUUGUACAAAGUAACAAUUUGAAAGUACACAUGAGAACACACACUGGUGAAAAACCUUUUUUCUGUUCAACCUGCGGUAAAGGUUUUACAGAAAGUCAGAAUUUGAAAAGACACACUAGAACACACACUGGUGAAAAAUCACUUUCCUAAUCAAUCUGCAACAGAAGCUUUUGUGAACGAUCAAAACUUGUAGCACACAUGAGAAGACACCCAGGAGAGAAAGUGUUGAGUUGCAGUGUGUGUGGUGAAAGAUUGUCUUCUAAGUAGCAGUGUAAGAAACACAAGUGUGCUGGUGAGAACAGCAGCAGCAAAUGAAGAUGCAGGAUUUGAAAUAAACUGUCAAGACUUUAAUGUUGACUUUCUAACAACAUCAGCACAUAUAACAUGUGCGACAUUGUUGUUUGUGUAACUAUCGUGUUAACAUGCUUCUACAUUUUUAAAUUAGAUAUUUUAUAUUAGUGCGUAUUUCAGUCAAGUACAUGCAUUAAAGGCCUACUGAAAUGAAAUUUUCUUAUUUAAACGGGAAUAGCAGAUCCAUUCUAUGUGUCAUACUUGAUCAUUUUGCGAUAUUGCCAUAUUUUUGCUGAAAGAUUUAGUAGAGAACAUCGACGAUAAAGUUCGCAACUUUUGCUCGCUGAUAAAAAAAGCCUUGCCUGUACCGGAAGUAGCGUGACGUCACAGGUUGAAAGGCUCCUCACAUUUCCCCAUUGUUUACACCAGCAGCGAGAGCGAUACGGACCGAGAAAGCGACGAUUACCCCAUUAAUUUGAGCGAGGAUGAAAGAUUUGUGGAUGAGGAACGUUAGAGUGAAGGACUAGAGUGCAGUGCAGGACGUAUCUUUUUUCGCUCUGACCGUAGGCUCAUUGGAUUCCACACACUCCUUUUUCUAUUGUGGAUCACGGAUUUGUAUUUUAAACCACCUCGGAUACUAUAUCCUCUUGAAAAUUAGAUAUGAGAAAGCAAAAUGGACAUUCACAGUGACUUUUAUCUCCACGACAAUACAUCGGCGGAGCACUUUAGCUACGGAGCUAACGUGAUAGCAUCAUGCUUAACUGCAUAUAGAAACAGACGAAAUAAGCCCCUGACUGGAAGGAUAGACAGAAGAUCAACAAUACUACCAAACACUGGACCUGUAACCACACGGUUAAUACUGUACUGCCUGGCGAAGCCUAGCAAUGCUGUUGCUAACGACGCCAUUGAAGCUAACUUAGCUACGGGACCUGGACAGAGCUAUGCUAAAAACAUUAGCUAUCCACCUAUGCCAGCCCUCAUCUGCUCAUCAACACCCGUGCUCACCUGCGUUCCAGCGAUCGACGGCGCAACGAAGGAC